AUGUCUAGAUCUUUAACCAUUCUGCCUUCUCCUUUGGAAGAGAAAUAUCCCAAGCUACCAGAUUCACCUCAGGUUACUUUAGCUCAAGAACUGACAAAUCUUCAGUCUUCUUGUAUGUCACCUCAAACAAGUCGAUUAAAAGUUUCUCCGUUCAUUUCUAAGUCACCAAAUGAAAGACUGUCUUACGCAUCAAACCAGCCUCCCGAUGAAAAUCUCCAAGUAGAAACCUGUACUGGUGUAAUGGCUUCAGAAGACCAUACUAAGGGAAGUGAUUGGCAGGAUUGGGCAGACCAGUUGAUCACGGUUGAUGAUACACUGGACUCAAAUUGGAGUGAUCUCCUUGUUGAUGUCAAUUUUCUAGAUUCAGAACCCAAGUUUCUCGACUUGCCACCGAACGCCUCUGCGCAUCCCCCACAAAUUCAUCAUCAGCACCAUCAUCCUGUGUCAAGUGGAAAAGAUUCUCCUGUAGGUAGCCUUCCUGCUGCUGCACCCUUGACUAAAGCACGUAUGCGUUGGAAUCAAGAACUUCAUGAAGCUUUUGUGGAUGCUGUCAAUAAACUUGGUGGUAGCGAACGAGCUACACCAAAGGGUGUCUUGAAGCUUAUGAAUGUUGAAGGCCUAACAAUCUAUCAUGUGAAAAGCCACUUGCAGAAAUAUAGAACUGCCAAAUACAAACCGGAGACAUCAGAAGGAACGUCAGAGAUGAAGUCGAAUACGAUUGCUGAGAUGACAUCCGUCGACUUGAAAACGACAAUGGGAAUAACAGAAGCACUACGAAUGCAGGUGGAAGUACAGAAGCAACUCCAUGAACAACUUGAGAUUCAACGAAAACUGCAGUUGCGAAUUGAAGAACAAGGAAAACACCUUCAGAUUAUGUUUGAACAGCAGAUGAAGAUGGAGAAGGAAAAGGAAAAGCUGAAAUCCCAGGCGCCUUCCCUUGAUAAAGAGAAACCCGAACCCUUUGUAGUGAAGGCUGUUUCAACUGAUGCAUUCAUUUCAGCGGCAGAGCAUCCAAAUGACAUGCAAGAAUCGCCUGAAAGGAAUAAUGAACUGAGUCGACCAACAAAACGAGCCAAAUCUGAUGAAACAGAAGCAUCAUCUUGA